GUUACAGCAGAGCUCUUCCACGCAUAGUUAUUGUUAUCAUUUACGUAAUCAUGUGCGUUGUGCGGAUUAUUUGCUAAGUAUCCAUGUGGGCUGGGUUACAAGAGCACCUGUUAAUGGCAAACGCAGGCGUCGAUCGGUUCCUCCAGCAUACUCUAUGUCACUCUAGGGGGACUGUGUAGUAGGGAUGACGCUGCUGGUUACUGGGACUAAAGGAGGAGUUGCCGAUACAAUGCGAGUUCCUGGUGCGGAGGACCCUGAUACGAGUCGCUCUUACGGUCUGUGAUUACGGGACACUGAUACAAGUUGCUGAUACUACUAGGAGUUGAUACGAGUGAUAGUUGCUGAGAGGGAUGGAUGGGACGCUGCUGAAUCAAGAGUGCACCGAAUGGCACGGAGGGGACAAAGUUGCGGAUGCGAGUUGCUGAUGCGACUGGCUACGAGCCAAAAGGAGUGGUCAAGGAUUAGGGUCGACGAUUAUGGUCCAAGAUUACAUUCGACGAUACGUUUUGCCGAUAAAAUUCGAGUUGAUGGUAGAUACGGAGGACGAUGAUACGAAGGAUGCUAAUACGGAGGAUGCUGAUGAUUGAGUUAAUGGACAGAUUAUCGAGGCAAAUAAAGUGUUCUCUAUCUUAUUGUCUAUCCCUUGAAAUCUGAGCUUUCCUCCUAGCUCUAAUAACCAUGGCUCUUGUGCCAGAUUUCAAUCCUCUUGCUCCAAUUCAAUCCCUACAACUUGUUCUACUCACACUCACUGGUACUCAGGCUGGAUUCUGCUCUUCCAUCUCACCCGACUCGAACUGCAGUAGUGUCACUGGAAGAUCUCUUUUCCAACAACCGAUACGGAGGACGCGGGGGAUGCGAAGACGAGUUUCUGAUACAGAGGACGCCGACGCGGGUCGCUGGUGCAUGCCUCUGACACAAAUCGCUGAUACGGAGGACGUUCACUGAUACGAAUUGCGAUUGCAGCCUACGAUUAAGUCGGUGUUGGUGCGGAUAGGAUGCGAACAUGAGUUGGCAAUACGAGUUGGUAAUAUUUUUUUGUUAGUAAUACAAGUUGGUAAUAUGAUUACGGUUAACUAUUACGGUUUACGAUUACGGUCUGCGAUUACGGUCCAAUUAUUUCGGUGUUGGUGUAGAUUCAUAAAGAAUGUGAAGGGCACGCUGCUGAAUACGAAGGACGCUUAAUACGGAGAGGAAGCUGAACAAAGAAAAUCAUCGCCUAGUGUCAAUCUAUUUAUAAUUACGGUCUACGAUAACAUUCUAUAAUUAUGCAACCUUUCAGUUUCCGUAUCAGCAUCCUCUGCAUCAUCAUCUUAUUUGCUUUUCAGCGUACCGUUUCAGUAUCAGCAUCCUCCGUAUCAGCAGUUUAGAUUAAGUAACAGAAACUGUCGUCCUCCGUACUAUUCAGCAUCCUCCGUAUUCACUAGCAUCUUCGUAAAUCGCACAGAGCGCAAUGGCGACUCACAUCAGGGGCCACCGCAUCAGCGACUCGUAUCAAAAAGUCGAAUCAGCAGCAAUUUCGUAUCAGAAGCAACAUCGUAUCAGCAUCCUCGGUUCUCCGUAUCAGUGAAUCUUAGCAUCAUACGCAGGGGACGCUGGUAAGUUAAAACAUGUUUGCAACCGCGAAAAAAUGCGGGGUCUGUCUUUUGUUUGAUUGUGUUUGUUGCUGUUUUCAUUAAGAGCACGACUAUGUUCGAAUGACCAGAUUGAAAAAAAACAUUGCAACUAAAAUUCAUAGUCCAUGUCGGCUAUCAGUUUUUCAGCUUGUAAGAUCGAUGUUCGCUUUUCAGAAAGACUGUUUCGAGGUGACAUACCACUAGGUGUGGAUGAAAUGCUAAUCCGCUCGAAAUUCUUGGAUAAACCAAAUAGAGUGUGGGAAUCACUGACCCGGCGUCCGGUUUCUCUGAGGAUGGAAGAACGACGUUUGCUCGAUUUACGAUCCGCUGGUGGUGUCAACCGACUCAUUUCUUCUCGAAUGGCCUCGUUGAAACGGCCUUGCAAGUUUUCUAUUGUUAGAGUGUCUCCUUCCUCACCGAAUCCCCAGUUAAGAACCUUAAGGCCCAACAGUCUUAAGGAUGCCUGGACCUUGUUUAAAAUGUCUUCAGUUGCAUCGCCCUCUUCGAUUGGAAGAUAUUCCAUAUGGAAUCCAAUGGCACCGUAUCCCAUCAGAAAGCAACCUGAGAAGCCCAACACCUGUCGGUAGACGUCAGUGAGAGACAGGUUUUCUUUUUGGUCCAGCUUGAUAACCUGGGAGUACUCCUUCCAUAGGGUUCCCAAAAACUGGUAAAUACUCUCUGCUGACAUGACAUCUCCUUGUGCAGCAUGAGCAAAGAGGCAGGCGAUGGGAAAAGCACUGAAAAAUCCGAUGUCCUUACCCAUUGGUCCGCAAUGAGUAAAUUCCCAAUCAAUGAUAGAGUAUUUGCCAUCAUCGCCAUUUUCCUCGAUCAGAUCGCCGGGCGUUUUCGGUUUUCCUUCCACCAGGAUGUUGAAGGGGUGAAAAUCACCAUGGAUAUAGCAGUCGGUGCGUUGAAGACAUUCGCGAUAUGAUUCCACAAUCUUGUCAAGAUUAUGUUUCCCGAGAGAUUUGCCAAGUUCCAAAGCCAUGUCCAAUUCUUCUACAGGGUCGUCUUCGUUGUUAUUUUUACUGUCUCCAUCAUCUUCGUCGGAACCAUCAUAUCCGUCGAAGAUAGUAGAUAUCAUCCCCGCUAAGGCCAAAAAAAAGGGCUUCAUCUCACCGUUAAAGUCGGGAUCCGUAACCUCUGAGUUAUGGAGGGCCCCCAACCCAGCAGCAAGAUUGCAGGCAAAACCUUUGCCAAUUAUUCCCCCCUCGAUGAAUGCGUGACCCCCCUGUUCUUCUAGAUUCGAGGGAGCAAAUUCGGUCGCCAGAACCUUCAUGUUUUCUUCUUCACCCUCCACGUCAAUGCAAAAAUAAGGUGUUACGGUUGUUUCUGGAAAGGGCGAGACCUUCGAGUACCACUCCAUCAUUUGGUAUUCGCAGUUGGUUCUAUUAAGGGGACAGUUCAUACCGGGGAAUAAAACUGGCUGUCCAAAUGUCAUUUUUGCGAAGAGAGCGACAUCUUUGUUUUUCUCGUGAUCUUUGAAAUGUACCAUGUAGCUGUAGUUGCAUAGUCCACCAGUCAGAAUGGUGAGGUCUAGUUCUCGCCCUGUGGAUAGUCCGUCUGCAAUGGCACGCAAAUCCGCAUGCACUGAAGACGAUUUGUUGGAACACUCCUUGACAAUAGCCUCCAGAGUAAGAGACUUCAAUUCUGCCUGUCUCUGUAUGUUCUGAAUAGCGCUGUCGUUGGUCAUGGUAGUGUUGUUACUAAGUGUGGCUGUAGUUGUAGUCGUAGUGGAGGUCGUGUUGGUGGUUUUUUGGUUGGUUAUGUUUUUUUCUUUUCUACGUUUUGAUUUGUGGGAAUAGUUGCAGCGCCCGAACGAGAAGGAAUUUGUAUUUUGUUUCAUUGGUUUUGGAUCUUUCUUGCACGGCGCAUCGAAAGACCUCGCAUGAUAAAAGUGGCGUCGCACCAUCCGCGCGUGUAACCAAAAAU